AUGAGCGAAACCGAAGCAACCGGCGUUACCGAAGAUUCGGCUCUAGCGAUCGCGAAUGAAACCGUUUCUGCUGCGAUUGAGCAUAAAGCGAUCGGAGUUGUUGAUUCGGUGGGGGAAGCCAUGGAAGAAGCGGAGAAAUGGGUGGGUGAUCUCAACCAGGCGGUGAAGGAAUCGACGGAUUCUGCCAUGCGCUCUGCUCGUUCCUUCCGUGAAAACUCGACCUCUCAUUUCCGCUCUAUACAGGCACAGUUCUUGAGAGCUGAGAAGCAUGUCCAGGAGUUGAACAUGUCUGCAGACUUAAUGAAAAAGGAGAGCAAGAAAUUGCUUGAGAGGGCGACUUUAGCAGAGAAGGAUAUGAAAUGCGGUCUCUCUGAACUCAUGAACUCUGGAAAUGAUAUGCGAUUGAUGUUUGGAAAGAUCUGGUAUAAGCUACCAAAGGUUUGUAAUAAGAUAACAUGUGGAAUGAUUGAUGUAGCGAAACGUUUGUUCGAUGAAAUUGGGAACCAGAGAAAUUUGUGCUCCUGGAACUCAAUGAUUGGUAGUCUAGCUACUCACGGGAAACACAACGAAGCUCUUGAGCUUUAUUCACAAAUGUUGCGAGAAGGAGAAAAACCAGAUGCAGUGACAUUUGUCGGGUUGCUGCUAGCUUGUGUUCAUGGUGGGAUGGUAGUGAAGGGACAAGAAUUGUUCAAGUCCAUGGAGGAAGUUCACAAGGUUUCGCCAAAGCUAGAGCACUACGGAUGCAUGAUCGAUCUCUUGGGACGUGUUGGGAAGCUGGAAGAAGCAUGUGAUCUCAUCAAAACAAUGCCAAUGAAACCAGACACUGUUGUAUGGGGAACUCUUUUAGGAGCACUGAUCGAGAUGGAAAGUUUUCGUUACCUGAUAUUUUUCUUAAUCUUCAUCUCCACAUUAUCUUCCUCUGUAGCAGGAACCUUGUCUCUGCGAAACAGAGUAGACAAAAGCUCUGUUUCCUUUGUUAAUGUCCGUAGCUUCGGUGCUCGAGCUAAUGACCACAGAGACCACACCAAGGCCUUUGUAGCAGCAUGGGACAAGGCAUGUAAAUCAUCUUCAAGCUCUGUACAUCUUAUAAUCCCAAGAGGUGAAUUCUCUGUUGGUCCUCUCAGAUUCUCUGGUCCUUGCACUAACGUAUCAAAUCUCACUGUCCGAGUUAAGGGUCAUCUAAAGGCCUCGACUGAUCUGUCAAAGUAUAGAUCAGGCGGCGGUUGGAUUGAGUUUGGAUGGAUCAAUGGCUUAACUCUUACCGGAGGUGGUACAUUUGACGGUCAAGGCGCUUUAGCUUGGCCGUUUAAUAACUGUACUUCUGAUUCUAACUGCAAACUCCUCCCAACUAGCUUGAAGUUUGUGGGGAUGAACAGAACAGUUGUAAGAAGGAUAAGCUCAGUGAACAGCAAGUUCUUUCACAUAGCGAUAGUAGAGUGCAGAGACUUCAAAGGCACAAGACUCAACAUCACUGCUCCUUCUGAUAGUCCAAAUACAGAUGGUAUCCAUAUCGAACGCAGCUCGAAUGUGUAUUUCUCGCGUUCACAUAUCGCAACUGGAGAUGAUUGUGUUUCCAUAGGACAAGGAAAUUCUCAGAUCACAAUCACAAGUAUCAAAUGUGGACCAGGACAUGGUAUCAGCGUUGGGAGUUUAGGGAGAUAUCCAAAUGAGAAAGAUGUGAAGGGGCUGGUGGUGAAGGAUUGCAAGAUGAGUGGUACGACGAAUGGGAUAAGGAUCAAAACUUGGGCUAAUUCUCCUGGUCAAAGUGCUGCUACCAACAUGACUUUUCAGAACAUUAUAAUGAACAAUGUGACUAAUCCAAUCAUCAUUGAUCAAUCUUAUUGUCCUUUCUCUUCUUGCAUUUCAAAUGUACCUUCGAAGGUUAAGCUGAGUGAUAUAUAUUUCAAGAAUAUAAGAGGCACAUCAUCUUCACGGGUCGCGGUGCAGCUGCAUUGUAGCAGAGGAAUGCCAUGUAAAAAAGUAUACUUGGAGAAUGUUCAUCUUGAUCUUUCUUCUUCUGAUGCAGGAAUGAAACAGAGCAGAAACAGAGGAGAUGAAGCUGUCUCUUCUUCUUGUAGAAACGUUAGAGUUAAUUACAUUGGGACUCAACUCCCACCUCCAUGUCACUAA